AUGGAGGUGGUGGAAGUGGCGUCAACCGGACUAUACUACAGGAGGGAACUUUACAUGGUGGUAGCCCUGGACGCUGCCAACACUUUCAAUACGGCAAAGUAAUAUACGAUUGAAGCAUGUACUAAAGGCUUACCGGAAUAAUUAAUAGAAAUGAUACUUAGUUACCUAAGUCAAAUAACGCUUUUGUACAGGACCAACGAAUGCAAGGCCAUAUCAUGCGGCGUUCCUCAGGGGUCGAUGCUCGGACCACUCCUUUGGAACCUGAUGUACAACGACUUACUCCAAAUGGAAAUAGGAGGCAACGUACGAGGCGUCUCGUCCUGAAGCCCUAGAUGCUAAUCAGGGACAUAAGGAGAUGGACAUGAAAUAGGUUUGGCUACGUGUAUUUCCACCUUACACAGGCUCUUACCGGCCACGGCUGCUUCGGCGAGUACCUACAUAGAUUUCAUAAAAUUGAGGAACCUAUUUGUAUUGACUAUCAGACAGAAAUAGAUGACGCAGAGCAUGCAUUCUUCGAUUGCGACAGAUGAUUGGACGAAAGGCGGACGCUAGGCAAUGCCUAAACUAGUCCAAUAAGGAGUAACUAGUAUUCUUGUCUGAAGCUAUGGCUUGAAACGGUUAAAUCUUUGACCCUCGAAUUCGAAAAGACUUACAUGUGAAUGUUAGCGCUUCAAACUUGAGGUCGUUAGAGGUGCCACCGGGCACCGACACCAUUCAUAUUAUUGCGACACAGGGUGGGCGAACAGCCAAUGACGACAGGUAACUUUUACCUGUCGUCACUGGCAUGUAAGAGGAUUCACUGAUUGGUAAGAAGUAUCCAGAGCGACGAGCAGGGUCCUUCCCCACCGAGACUUAAGCAACGUAUACCCGUGAGGACCAAGUCGACCUAAUUAAGCAUUUUUAGUGUACGCUGAAGUCGAUAAAUUGUAGCAUCGAAAUUGUGUCUGUCUAAGUAUUGUACGUUUGUUAUAUUGUAUGUAUGCUGUUUUUCAAUAAACGAUGUGGAGGUAGAGGGAAGGACAGCUCCAUCGGGUGAUGUGCCCCCUCUGCCACGCCAUGAAAAAAAAAAAGGUAGUUAAAAAUUGAAAUAUAGCUACAGCUUUCUAAUUUAGAUAUUCAAUAUGAGGUAUUAGAUUAUCAUUAUACGAAUAGGUAUUUACAACAUAUUUAAAUUAAUAUGUAACAAAUCAACAGGGACAAUAGGGCUAUCUAUUUCAUCAACCUUAACAAGACAAAAAUUAGAAAUAACAAGGUCAAUAAUUGCAUUUUUGAAGUUAUUGAGCUGAAAAAAGUUUAGGUAGGUACCUAUCUAAUAAUUGAUUAUUUAGACAACAAGAAGAAUUUUAUAACUUGGUCGACGGAAAAUAAAAAUUACAAUAGGAUAUUUAACAAAAAUUGAAUUAAUAUACUCAAAAUAAUUGUUUGACAAAAUCGGUUUUGAGAGUACUAUGUUGAUCAUUUUACUUUGCUUUGAUUUUAUUUCUUUAAUUGAAAAUAAAAUUUUGUACAUUUUUUCUUGGUUCAUAUUGAAAAAUUAUCUAAGAGUAUUAUUAAGUCAACAAUAAGUACGGAAACCCAUCAUCAGAGAACAAUAAAACACAAUAUUGUUUUUUUAACGUUUAUUAUUAUAUAUACAAUGUGUAAUGAUAUUUACAAUAUGAGCGUUCAUAUAUAUUAUAAUAUAGACGACCAAAGAGGAAUUAGCUGAAGACAUCGCCAAGGAAAUAGUGCUCAACGUGAACGAGGUAAAUAUUAUUAACCUGAGAAGCACUUUUGGUGGGAUCUAGGCCGGUAUAGUCCUAAUCCCUAUACACGCUACGGUCGAAGCGGAGAAGAGGAACAGGGUCCGAGUAAAAGUUGUAUAUUGCAGGGUCAGAUUACGUAAAAGACGAGUGAGAUGAUGUAGAUCAGUGGUUCUCAUCGGGGGCGAUAUCGCCCCCCCGCAGGGGGUGAAGGAUAACUCCUUUUCUAUAUCUAUAUAAAGAGGUCCCCAUACCUUUAAUUAUAGAAUUCUCACAUAGGGGGAGAGCGGCAUUAAAAAUUGAUUGCUACUCAAAAGGGCGGUAACUUAAAUAAGGUUGAGAAACACUACUAUAGAUGCUUGAGAUAAGGUCGUGAGGCCCGAAACUGUAACGGAAGUGACAGGAAAGGAAGAUGCAAUAAGUGCGACAAAGGUCAUUUCGCUCGUGAAUGCAAGGUUAACAAAGAAGAAGUAGACAUGUUCAAUGCGGAAUUGGCUGCUGAAGCAGCUGGACCGAGGAAGGGCUCAACAGUAAAUACACAAUGA